UCCAAUGCCGGUGUCCGAAAGCCCACGCUGGCUUUGGCGAUGCGAUCGGGCUGCUGGCAGUCUCGGCCUGGGCGCCCACCAUGCCUCGCCAUCCUCUGGCGAUCGCUGGCUGCUGUCUUCGUUUGUCCAGGAUCCGUGUCCAUCGACGCCCACUGACCCACACCACCAUUUUUUUCCAUCGUCUCGUCAAUGUCACCUCUUCCACCUACACCCAUACCCCCCCGGUCCUGCGAACAGUCCAACUGGGAAGAGGUUGUCGACAAGUUCGAUGACAUGAACCUCCGCGAGGAGCUUCUCCGUGGUAUCUACGCUUACGGUUUCGAGAAGCCCUCUGCCAUCCAGCAGCGUGCCAUCCUCCCCGUCAUCAAGGACCACGAUGUCAUUGCCCAGGCUCAGUCUGGUACCGGCAAGACCGCCACCUUCUCCAUCUCCAUCCUCCAGAAGCUGGACAUGACCAAGAAGGCCACCCAGGCCCUCAUCCUUGCCCCCACCCGUGAGCUGGCCCAGCAGAUCCAGAAGGUCGUCCUCGCCCUCGGUGACUACAUGAACGCCGAGUGCCACGCCUGUGUCGGUGGAACCAACGUCCGUGACGAUGCCGCCAAGCUCCAGGCCGGCGCCCACAUUGUCGUCGGUACCCCCGGCCGUGUCUUUGACAUGCUCAACCGCGGCUACUUCCGCGCUGACGACGUCAAGAUGUUUGUCCUCGACGAGGCCGAUGAGAUGCUGUCCCGCGGUUUCAAGGACCAGAUCUACGACAUUUUCCAGCUCCUGCCCCCCUCGACCCAGGUCGUCCUCCUGUCCGCCACCAUGCCCGCCGACGUCCUGGAGGUCACCAAGAAGUUCAUGCGCGACCCCGUCCGCAUUCUUGUCAAGCGUGACGAGCUCACCCUCGAGGGUAUCAAGCAGUUCUACGUCUCUGUCGAGAAGGAGGAGUGGAAGCUUGCCACCCUCUGCGAUCUGUACGAGACCGUCACCAUUGCCCAGGCCGUCAUCUUCUGCAACACCCGCAGAAAGGUCGACUGGCUCACCGAGAAGCUGCAUGCCAACGACUUUACUGUCUCGGCCCUGCACGGUGAAAUGAGCCAGGAGGAUCGUGAGGUCAUCAUGAAGGAGUUCCGCUCUGGAUCCUCCCGUGUCCUCAUCACCACCGACCUGCUCGCCCGUGGCAUUGAUGUCCAGCAGGUUUCCCUCGUUAUCAACUAUGAUCUCCCUGCCAGCCGCGAGAACUACAUCCACAGAAUCGGCCGUGGUGGUCGUUUCGGUCGUAAGGGUGUUGCCAUCAACUUCGUCACCACCGAUGACGUCCGCAUGCUCCGUGACAUUGAGGAGUUCUACAACACCCAGGUUGAGGAGAUGCCUCUCAACAUUGCCGACCUGAUCUAAGUGCCAACCCCCAGUUCGAUCUAUAAUCCGUGAUGCAAUUUGUCUCGUCCUUCGUGUGCAACCACGGUCUCUGGGCCAC